GACAUCAUGCCAACUGACCUCGUAGUAACAUCAACUUGCACGAGCGAGGAGUCGCCCCGCGCUCUCAGUCGAUCAUCAACGCGUUCAGGCCCAUCCUCUUCAGCCUCGAGCUGUUCGAGUAGCAGAGAUUCGGAUACUCGUAAUAUCUCGUCACGAGGUAGUUUUGAUGGCUCGAACGCCUUGGGACCUUACCACCACCAUCAUCAUAGUCUUGUAGCGAGCCUGAGUCACCAUCAUCACCGCGAGUCGUCGGCAUUCGUACCAGUAGUACCCUCACGACUCCAUCUGGCGGCCUAUCCCGGGGACAUUCAUGGGCAUCUCUCGGGCCCACCCCCACCCCCACCGCCAACUACCACCGGAACUGGGACAACCUCGAGUUCUGGGAAUCAGGAACUCGAUGGAGGUCCCGAAGUUCCCAUUGUUCGUAAGAGUUCUUCCAGCUAUGAAAUUAUGGCCAUGAUGGCAGAUAAGAGGAAGGAGCUAGCCGCGCGGGCACUAUUACUACCGCCUCCGUCGCUUCUCGAACCACCUCCGGGUUAUCCCGUGUUUCCAGGGCCGUUUCCCACCGGUUCAACUCUUUAUCCCCCAGGUGGACCCCUCGCUCAUCAGCACCUCGACCGACGACUACUUAGAGCACCAGGACGUGCGUCUAGACCUAAGAAGGAAUUCAUCUGUAAGUUCUGUAAGCGUCAGUUUACCAAGAGUUACAACCUUCUUAUUCACGAGAGAACGCAUACGGAUGAACGGCCCUACUCAUGUGACAUAUGCGGCAAAGCCUUCCGCAGGCAGGAUCAUCUCAGAGAUCAUCGGUACAUCCAUAGUAAGGAAAAGCCGUUCAAGUGCGGCGAGUGCGGCAAAGGUUUCUGCCAGAGUCGUACUCUCGCCGUCCACAAGAUCCUUCAUAUGGAAGAGUCGCCGCACAAGUGUCCCGUGUGCGCCCGCAGUUUCAAUCAACGUAGUAACCUAAAAACUCACCUGCUUACUCACACCGACCACAAGCCCUAUGAGUGCACGUCUUGUGGCAAGGUUUUUCGACGCAAUUGCGAUCUGCGUCGGCAUGCUCUAACUCACGCGGUCGGUGACGUACCACCCGAAGCCCUUGAGGAGGCACUGCGCGACGACGAUAGUCCAGAAGAAGACUGCUCUAGCGAAAGUAGUCUGGUUCCGGGAUCUCAAAUUCAAAAUCCCCCAAAUUCGUCAUCGGCCCUCUCAAACUCAAGUUCGGGUGACUACACAGCCACAAAUCCUCCGUCUCGACCACAUUUGCAGAUUCGAAGAGACCUCCUGCAGGUUAAGCCAAGUACUAUUACAAGUGCCAAUGGCAAUGGAGGUCCCAAUUUAGUUACGCACAACCCACCGGGGGCUUUACCACCUCCGCCGUCGCUCAUACUCACAUCCUACAAUCGCCGCAGAAUUAGUUCUCCCGGACCUUCGAGAGUACUCUUAGAGCUGCAGGAACGGGAACGUGAACGGGUACGUGAGACAGAACGUGAACGAGAAAGAGAAAGAGAACGAGAACUUGAGCAGGAGCGAGAGGAUGAAACGCGAUUAGCAAGAGCUUCAACGCCCCAGCCACUUCCGCCGCCACCACCGCGAUCCACUCCAGCUAGGCAUGGUUUCACCAUCGCGGACAUUAUGCGUCGAUAGAAAGCUACACUUCCAACCGCUAGAAGUAUUUUCUUUAAGUUUAUUGUAAUACCUUUAGUCAUUGCAAACACACUCUCCAUUCUAAAACGACAAUAGAUGAUAUGUUGGUAGCUAUUUACGUUUAACUAAAAUACAAGGAACGGAAAGUAAAAAGGUUUGCUGUGACUUAAUUUUAACAAUUAAGAAAAAUAACGAUUAAUACGACAUUCAAAUGGUGCCAAUAAUUUACCUGCGUAUAAACAAAAUUAAAGAAUCGUUUUUAUUUGUUGAAAUGAAAGUGAUUUCUGU